GAUAACACGAGUGAGUGAGUGAAGGUUCGAAACCUGUUUCAAGCUGAAGCUUAGAGACUUGAGUGGUAGCCAUGGCUGCAGCUACCGUGAAGCCGCUACUAUCACCGUCACUGCUACUGCUGUUGCCGUCGCUCCUUUCGAUCGCUCUUGCUUACAGACCCGGCGACAUCGUCCCCAUGAGCCGCAUGGGUCAAUACCACUCCUCGCGAACCCAGUGGCAGGACCUCAUUGGCCGCCAUUGCCCCAUCUUCGCAGUGAAUCGCGAGGUGUUGAUGCCCAUACCCAAGCCUACGGGUUUCACUGGGGCUGAUCCUUAUAAAAUAUCAUUUCAAGUUGGAAGGGAGAAAUUUUUAAUCCCAUGGCUUCUUGUGGUGAACCGGAAAAGUACAGAGGUUCCAAUGCUUGAAGUAGAUCUGAGGUAUUCAGGAAGUGAUUUGCAUGGUGUCACAGCAAAAGUUGUGGAUAUGCCUCAUCACUAUGUUGAGAUUCAACCUGAGAUUCGUAAACAAUUCUGGGAUGCUCAGCAUUGGCCAAAGCAUAUAAUUGUCCGAUAUACAUGGAAGGAGCAAUCGGAGAUAGAUGUAACUUCAGGAUUUUUGGUUCUGUUUGGUUCAGGACUCAUGUUGUCCUUCAUCCUUUCAAUUUACGUAUUGCAAUCAUCACGUGACAAAUUGGAAAGGUACUUCAUUCUUGGUUCAACUUGUAUAAACAUUCCUUUCUUGUUUUGUUUAUUCACUCCAGUAAUUUUCGUACUCUUUGAAUUCCCAGAUUUGUAAGGGAAACGGUUGUAGAAAGCAGCUUGCCUGGUGAAGUGGUAGCAAAGGUUGAAUGAUGCAUCCCUAAUGCCAAUGAUGCAAUAUGCACAUUGUAUUGUUGUAUUUGUGAAUCAACAAGAUUAGUUUUGGAGGAGGGAUAGAGGGGGUGUUGUUCUUGCAUAUACACAGCUAUGAACCUGUUUCUUUUUUGAUGAAGUUGAGUGGGAGUUGAAGAGAUUGGAGGGGUAUUAACUCAUAGGGAAGGCUGGAUUUGUAACUAGACAAUUACCUUGAAGCUUAAAAGUGCUAUAUAAGAAUAAAUCAAAAUGUAGCGUAUUAGUUUUAAUUGAU